UUUUUUUAUUUAAAAAAGUCAGUCAAGAAUUAUCCAAUAGAAGCCCUUAAGCAAGGAAUUUUACAAAUUCUACAACAUAUCUCGAUAAAUUAUCAAUUUCUGUUUCAACUUUGAAGCACUUUCAGCAAUUAUUAACAUCGAAAGAUGGAGGGCACAGCUCCACUUGUGGUUAAACCAUCCAAUAUUAAACAGCUUGCUGAAUCGCCUGAUUUCCGUUUCAUACCCUCUAAUUAUGUUCAUGACUCUUCUUAUAAUAACAAUUCCUCUGCUACACAUGAUCUUCAUGAUUCAAAUUCAAUACCCAUUGUUGAUUUUUCUCUACUCAUCUCUCAUGAUUCUCAUCAACGUUCCGCAGCCGUCCAACACCUCACCAAAGCUUGUCAAGAUUGGGGCUUCUUCAUGGUUGUGAAUCAUGGCAUACCAGAAAAAUUGAUGAAGGCAGUGAUUGAUUGCACUCAUGAAUUUUUCAAUUUACCAGAGGAAGAAAAAAAGGAAUUUGCUGGGAAGCAUGUGUUGGAUCCUAUAAGAUAUGGGACAAGUUUCAAUACUUGUAAAGAAAAUGUCUUCUUCUGGAGAGAUUUUCUCAAGGUCUUUGUCCAUCCCCAUUUUCACUCACCCACCAAACCCCAACCUUACAGGGAUAUUAUGUUGGAGUAUAGUGAGAAACUCCGGAAAGUAGCAAGAAAGUUACUAGAAGGCAUAUCUGAAAGUUUAGGGCUUGAAGAAAGUUACUUGGACAAAGCUCUAGACUUGGAAUCAGGCCUUCAAAUAUUUGUUGGAAAUUACUAUCCACCUUGUCCUCAGCCUGAGCUUACAAUGGGGAUGCCAACUCAUUCAGAUCAUGGCCUUUUAACACUUCUCAUUUAUAACCAAGUUGGAGGUCUCCAGGUUCAGCAUCAAGGCAAAUGGAUUAAUGUCAAUGCCCUUCCCAAUUCUCUCUUGGUUAACACCGGCGAUCAUCUUGAGAUAUUUAGUAAUGGGAAAUACAAGAGCAAUGUACAUAGAGCAGUGGUGAACAACAAAGUAACAAGGAUAUCAGUAGUGACAGCUCAUGGUCCAUCACUGGAAACAAUUGUAAAGCCAGCUUCUCCAUUGAUGGAAAAAGAGAACAGCCCAUCAGCUUAUUAUGUUCCAAUGAAGUACAAGGAUUACUUGGAAUUGCAACAGAGCAACCAACUUGAUGCAAAGUCCUGCUUGGAAAGAGUCAAAAUCCGAAGGAACUGAGUGUUUUUAUUUUUUUCCCUCGUGUUUCCAAGUGUUUGAUGAUAUAUUACUUUCUUUUCUCAUAUGGAACGUCAAUAAUAUUAAUUAAUGUUGCCUCCAUGUGAUCAGGAAGUCACGGGUUCAAGCCUUGAAAACAGCCUUUUGUAGAAAUACAAAGUAAGGCUGCGUACAAUAGACCCUUGUGGUCGGGCCCUUCCUCGGACCCUGCGUAUAGCGGAAGCUUUAGUGCACCGGACUGUCCUUUAACUUUAAAAUAAAAAGUGAUGUACUAUAGUUCACUCAAAGUGUACCGUAUAUUUUGAAUCCAUCAGUGUGUUGCAAUUUUUGAUAAGAUUUAAUGGUUUUCCGACGCGUGUAAUAACCAAGUGAAUGUAUAUGUAUAUCUUUUCAAAA